CAUUGUCCACCGCUUGGCGGCGGUAACGAACCAUAUUGACAUUUGACAACCGCCAAAAACUAGGAAGAAGACGAAGCGGAGGCGUGAGUUGCCCCGUCACCUCCUGGUCUGUGUUUACAUUCAGAAUCUUUCUGAAUAUCACCGCCUACGUUCAACGUCAUGAAGUUACUGAUUCGAAUCAAGAGGCAGACGAGCCGCGUGGAGCUACCAGGAGAAGUACCGAGCCUGAGGGAGCUCCGCGAUCACAUCAGACAGACGGUCUUGUCUUCUCAUGGAUUCAGCGCAGACACAGAGUUCAGUCUGUCUCUGAACGGCUCAGAGCUUCUGCCAGACACCGAUCAGACUUUGUCGUCAUGUGGCAUCGUCUCGGGGGAUCUCAUUUUUGUUGUGCUGCCUGAAUCUGCUGCCGACGCUGCGCCCUCUUCGAGCUCCUCUAACCCCUCCAGUAGCUCCAGCCACACGACAGCCGGGAGCAGCAGCAGCUCCACCCACCGGAGGCAACAGCUGCAGACACAGCUGACGGCCGCUGUGGCCUCCAGCCAGCAGCCAAGCAGCAACAGCUCAGCAGCUCUCACAGAGCCCAAGGAGUCAGACCUGAUGCUGGACUACGAACCCUCAGUCCCAAAAUGGGAGCCGAUGCUGUGUAGCGAGGCAGAGGAGGGUCAGGCUCCUCUGUCUCUGGAGCUCCUCUACAGCACAGCUCACACCACCAGUCCCAGCGACUCAAUCGUGGUGGCAGCAAACCUCUUGAUGCUGGAAACUGGAUUCGUUCCUCAGGGUCAUGAGCUGAAGCCCAGUGAGAUGCCUGCCGGGUGGAGGUCGGCAGGUGGAGUCUACAAACUGCAGUACACACACCCCCUGUGUGAGAACAGCCUGGCCAUGGUGGUGGCUGUGUGUAUGGGAGCUGUACUCGUGGUUAACGCGACUCUGAAGGUGAACCAAACAGUCGACACCAUUCGUAAGCUGUGUCUGAGUCCAGCCAGCUACGUGACCAAUGAGUGGGCAGGAGAAAGUGCAGCUGCGGCCUUCAAAGAUCUAAGGAAACUGUCGCGUAUCUUCAAAGACCAGCUGGCGUAUCCGCUGAUCGCCUCUGCUCGGGAAGCGAUGGCUCUGCCAGUGGCGUUUGGUCUGGCUGCUCUUCCCCCGGAGCUCCUCCUGCGGGUCCUCCGGCUGCUGGACGUUCGCUCUGUGGUCAGACUGUCGUCGGUCUGCAGGCGCUUCAACGUGGCUACGGCAGACUCCACGCUGUGGCGACACCUGUUCCGCAGAGACUUCAGCGAUUCCAGCAGAUCCCGAGACACAGACUGGAUGGAGCUUUACAAAAGGUUUUAUAAAGUCCGCAGUGAACGUCAGCAUGACGCUCGUCACUUCUUACCGGCCGACCUUCAAAACCCACGAGACAUCUUCGGCUGCGUGCGCCCUCCACUCUUUCCUCCUGUGCCCGGGAUCAUCGGGGGCGACUAUGACCAAACACCGAACCUCCCCCACAACCUGCUGCCUCGGCCCCGCUACGACCCCAUCGGCCUCCCCCCGACCCACGACGGACGACCACGGAUCGUCAGAUACCGACCCGCAGACGUCAGACGGGGGUUCAUCUGAUCAGAGCCUGUGCUGCAACAAGGACAAGCCUUUAAAUGAUGAGUGUUGGUUUAUGUAAAGCUUAUGUAAAGUGUACAAAAAUGAACUCAAAGACAGUUUAAACACACUUGAACCCUCGGAAAAAGAAAUGGAUAUAAAUCUAAAAGCGUUAUAGUGUGAUUGAGCAAUAAAGUCUGUAGUUUACUGCUAGUA